AUGCCGGAAACCGCCAUCGAAGCCAUCGCCGAAGGGCUCGAAAAGGGCCAGACGCUGGCCGCGAUCGAUCUGGGUACGAAGACCAUCGGCAUUGCGGUGUCUGAUGCCGGGCUUUCGUUCGCCCAUCCCCGGCCCGUCAUCCGCCGCAAGAAGUUCACCGCGGACGUGAGCGCGCUGGCCGCGCAACUCGACAAGGACAAUGUGGGGGCGAUCAUAUUGGGCCUGCCGGUCAACAUGGAUGGAAGCGAAGGCCCGCGCGCGCAAUCGACCCGGGCAUUCGCCCGCAACAUGGCGAGCCGGAUCGCCCUGCCCCAUGCGUUCUGGGACGAGCGGCUGUCGACGGUCGCCGCCGAGCGCGCACUCAUCGACCAGGACAUGAGCCGGAAAAAGCGCGGCGAGCGCAUCGAUUCGGCCGCGGCCGCCUUCAUUCUGCAAGGCGAGGAUGCCCAUGAUCAGGAACGUGUCGACGAUGCACGCCUUGACCAGAAGCUGGACGACGACAUCCUUUUCCACGCCGAGGACGUGGCCAUAGAUCAGGAAGACGAGGUCAUGGGUCUGGCGGGAGAAGAAGCGCAGGCCGAAGCUGAUGUCGUGAUACGAGCGGCCAUCAUGGCCGCCAUCUUCGCCUCCAUCGCACCGAUCUUCAUUCUCAUCUUCGCCGGCAAUGGCUUGAAACGCCUGCCCCUUUUCCAGCCGGACUUCUGGCGCGGCCUCGACCGGAUGGGGUUCUACGUCCUUUAUCCGGUGCUGUUGUUCACCACGAUCGUGCGCGCCGACUUUUCCGGACUGUCGCUCGGCACGGCGAUGUUUGUCCUUCUGGCGGCGGUGACGGUUCUGGGGUUCCUGGCGCUCGCAUUGUGGCCGCUGCUGCGCCGGCAGGGCCUGUCGCGUCCGACCUACUCAUCGGUCUUUCAGGCAUCGAUCCGCUGGAACGGCUUCAUCGCGCUCGCCGUUGCCGAAAAGCUGUUUCCGCCCGAAGGAGCGGCCAUGGUCGCGCUCGCCAUGGCGGUGGUGAUCAUCCCGAUCAAUGUGGCGACGGUCUCGGUGGUCGCAUGGUUCACCAACGCCAAGCCGAGCCUUGGCGCGACGCUGCGCAAAGUCGCCGUAAACCCGCUUAUCGUCGGCACGGCGCUGGCGAUCAUCGUCCGGCUGCUGCCCUUUCCCCUGCCCGGCCCGAUCAUGGACGCACUGCAUCUGGUCGGUCGUGCCGCCCUCGGCAUGGGUCUACUGGCCAUCGGCGCCGGCCUGAAGGGCAAUGUGCGGAUGCUGACCGGAUGGGCCGUCAUCGCACCCUCCGUCCUCAAGCUUGCCGUCCUGCCGGUGCUGAUGAUCGGGCUGGCGAUCCUGAUGGGCAUUGACGGUCUCGAGCUGCACUAUCUGGCGCUGUGCGCCGCCGUGCCGACGCCUAUGCGGCUGCCGUGA